UGCAUAUGUAUUUCCCCAUACCUCCAAACAGUACAUACAUUGGGUGGUCUAAAUUUGUCAAGCUAUGUAUAACAAAAAAUAUUAAUAUAAUUAUAAAACUGUGACAGAUUACUCGUCAUGUUUAUAUAAUUAAUAGUUAUAUGUUACAGUACAAAAACAAAAUCAUUAAUCUGCAUGAAACAUGUAUGACCAUUAUAUCUGAAGCAGAUACUAAACCAUGUAGGCCUACUUUACCAUGAUUGGAAAAGUAACAUCAUGUGAACACAUUUUUAGCUGUGGCAUAUCCAUCUCUACGAUGUCUUUUAUAGAAACUACCGUAAGAAGAGGUCUAUGUUUAUCUGAUCUAUUUUCCAUAUAAGUUUUGGGGUAACUUCAUUCUUGCCCGUUAGUCUCCGCCCCUCCUAUGCUCUGUCUGUAGUUGACCAAAAACUUGCAUAGUACGACUCGAGUGUGUGAUUUUUGCCUGCUUUUCUACCACUGCUGAACAUAUUCUGAGACCUUUCGAAGCCUGAAUUGUCAGAGGUACGGGUAUUUCACAGACGGAAGCAUAUGUCCUAAUAUAAAUCCUCUAAAUAUUGGUAAUAUAUCAGGUUUGUUUGUUGUGCUCGCAGGCUUCCCGCUAUUUUGUAGCUCAUCUGCUAGCUAGCUGCUAACCACUGACUCCCCCGUUAGCUUACAAAGGGAAGAGGCCGCCUACCUUCAAGCUAGUCACUAACAGAAAGCUAACUAACUUUAAAUUCAGAUGGGAUAACCCGAGCCUAGACGGCGUCAAGCAGUGCGUUCUUUUAUUUGAAGUUUGUUUCUUGAAAACCUGCCGUUACACCAGGUCGGUGUUAGCAAACUUGCUAACAGUAAAGCAAACUAGUGUAGAGGAGCCUGUAGCCGCAACGCUGAUUCACCGUCCAGCCACAAACACACGCUUGGUGCUCUCUGUUUAAAAAAAACCAAAAUGUCCAAAAGUGAACCAGAAGAGAUGAUAGAGAUCGAGAUUGAUGAGCGGGAGAAACAGGCAUGCCUAGAAGAAAGUGUUGAGGAGCACACUAUCACAGCAUCAGAUUUAAUUCAGCAAGACAUCGACAUCAAUGAGCCAAUCGGUAAUUUGAAGAAGCUUUUGGAGCCACGUAUCCAGAUGUCAUUGGAUGCAUAUGACAUCUGCUUACAGGAUAUUCAGCUGCACCCUGAUCACAGCCUCUUUGAUCAAGGAGUCAAGACUGAUGGCACAGUGCAGCUCAGUUUGCAGAUUAUAACUAAACCAGGCGAGGAGAAGUUGAACAUUUUGGAAAUUGUAAAACCAGUAGAAACAGUGGAGGUGGUGAUUGAUCCAGAUGCAGCAGGGGAGGAGGGUGCUUUGGUGGAGGAGGGUCAGCUUAUUGCUGUGGAGCGAUCUGCUCUGUCAGAUGAGACCUCAGAACAGGUUACCCGCUGGGCUGCAGCCCUUGAAGGCUACCGUAAAGAGCAGGUUCGCCUCGGGAUACCAUAUGAUCCUGUGCUGUGGACAGCUGACCAGGUGAUCCAUUGGGCUGUGUGGGUAAUGAAGGAGUUUAACAUUGAUGAGAUGGAAAUAGGCAGCAUCCACAUCCCAGGUCGAGAGCUCUGUGCUUUCAACCAGGAGGAGUUCCUUCAGAAGGUCCCCAAUGGAGAGAUAUUGUGGAGUCACCUGGAGCUUCUACGAAAAUAUGUGCUGGCCAGUCAGGACCAGUCUGGAGGCGACGCCACUGUCACCAUCGAUCAGCCUGUGCAGAUCAUCCCGGCUCAAGUGAGCACACCCACCACCAUAAAGGUACUCAAGCAGAACCGAGGCCCCAGAGCACCCCGCAUUUCAGGGGGAGAGGAACGCAGCUCGCCUGGCAACCGCACAGGCAACAAUGGUCAGAUCCAGUUGUGGCAGUUUCUACUGGAGCUGUUGACUGACAAAGAUGCAAGAGACUGUAUCUCCUGGGUGGGUGAGGAAGGGGAAUUCAAACUCAACCAGCCUGAACUUGUGGCCCAGAAAUGGGGCCAGCGCAAGAACAAGCCUACAAUGAACUACGAGAAACUCAGCAGAGCACUCAGGUAUUACUACGACGGGGACAUGAUCAGCAAGGUGCAGGGAAAGCGCUUUGUUUAUAAGUUUGUGUGCGACCUGAGGACUCUGAUUGGCUACAGUGCCGCGGAGCUCAACAACCUGGUGACUGAAUGUGAACAGAAGAAACUUGCUCGGAUGCAGAUGCACGGGAUGGCUCAGCCCAUCACUACAGUGACCCUGGCCACAACCACACUGGACAAGGACAGUUGAAGGAGGACACAUUACAGUGUCCUCCACCAGUGACUGCAAAUGAAAUCAACUGUCUUUUUGACAAAACUGUGUUAACCACAGAAAUGCAAGGCUGAUCCUUGGUCAGUGUGGGUUAACUUUUGUCAUUGUAUUUACAGUUUGAAUCAAGUUAGACUGCAGCAGGUAAAACGUCUUUUUUUUUAGCUUUUCUUUAACUGAAAGGAGAAUGGUGAGCAGGAUGAGAGGUGAACUAUUGAAGUGCUGUGUGCAUGUGACUGAGUGCCUGGACGUAUGAGUGAAACCCAGCUUUGUGUAAUGUAUUCACCGUCUGUAGUUUAGGAGUGUCCCAACUGUAUAUACUGGUACUUCAUGUUUUUGAUAGCCACAAGGGCAAGUGUAUUUUCAUAUUUUCCAUUUAUAGAGGACCUGUUUUGUAUUUUAUUUAGUGUUUGUUCCCUAAAUUGUUGGGCCUUUUUUGUCCACUAGGGGGAAUAAAGUGGUAAGCAUUUUUCUUAA